UGAGGACCAGUCUGUGUAGUCUUGGGACCACUGAAAGCUACCCCUUGUCCUCAAGGACUCUGAGAACCCCAGCCCCACUGACGGCAGGAUGAGCUUCUCGGUCACGUUCACCGAGCUGGCCAACAUCACCAUCCCACAGUGCGGGGUGCUGAACUUCAAGGCCCUGCACCUCCUGCUGCAGGGCAUCUUGGAGCACAUCCACAUGGCUGAGCUCAAGAAGGUCCUCUCAGGGGACGAGGACUUCCUGCAGCCCUCACAGGUGGUCAUAGUGCCCAGGGAAGGAGACGCCCAGCCCAUCCUCAACCCCAUGAAGAGGCUCAGCAAUGUCUUCGACCACGUAGUUAGCCGCCUCGACAAGAUAGAGAACCAGCUGGCCUUGCUGAAGGACCUGCCCUCUACCGCCCACCUACUGGGAGGCAGCCAGGGCACUGGCCGGCCCACCCAGGACCUGUGGCAUCUGAUCAAGCUCCAGAAGACAGUGGAGGCUCACGAUGAAGCCCUGGCCAAGUCAAUGCAGACCCUGCAGGACCUGCUCACUGAUCUUCAUGCACUCCAGGUCACCGUAAAAGCACUCAGGAAGGACGUGGACACGCUGAAGAACAUGCUUGACAAGAUACACCCAGAAAGAAUGGGUAUGUUCGCUGAAGACUUCAGAAUCCAGAACCGGAAGAUGGUCGCGCUGCAGCCGGAAGUGGCUUCUCUCCAGAACAAGGUUCAGACCAUCCCCAAAACCGAGGACAUGGUGCUCUGGAGUGGCCUCCAUGAUGCCAUAUUCACCUCAGAAAUUGGUUCAUCAUACCUGGACUUCCCCCGACUGUGGCAGUCUCUGGAGCAGCUCCCAGAGGCUGCCCUGACCCAGACCGCCGAGUACCUUGAAGCUACUCGUGCCAUCCACGUCUCCGAGCCCAUCCAAAAUCCCCAGCUGCUGCAGACUGUCUGGCAUUAUGAGGUCCCAGAGCUCCUCCCAGAGGAGCCAUCUGCCCAAGCAGUUUCACUCAGCAGUGCCCAGGAGUCAGUGCAGCCUCCGGCCCUCACACCUGAGUCUUCACCUGGGCAUGCAAUUGAAUUUGUACCUGGGCCUGAACCCGCGCCAGGGCUGGAGCCAGAACCUGUGCCCAGACUGUGGUCUGUGGUGGGGCCCAGUGUGACACCUGGGUUCUUGCCAGCACCUUGGCCUGUGCUGGGACCUGUGCCUGCCCCAGGAGCCUGCCCUUCACCUCCAGGAGACUGGCCUGCACUCCCAAGACGCUGGCCUCUUCCCCAAGGCUUGCCCGGGCUGGGCUCCUGGCCUUUCUGGGACAUAGGCAUCCUGCGGCCACCUCAGCCCCAGCCCUCCGGGGCCCCACCACCAGCCACUGAGUUGGGCUUCAUGUGGCCUCAACCACUGCAGCCAUAUCAGUCUCACCAGGGAGAAGCCCUCCAGGUCACAGCUGUCCAAGAAAAGGGGGAAGAAAAUGAUGUCCCCAGCAUGACGGGCCCUCGGGAGAGGGCUCACAAGGAUGGGCCCCCUAAGAAUAGAGCUCACAAGGUUGGGGUCCCCAAAGAUGGAGGUCGUAAGGAUAAGGAUAUGGCUCCCAAGGAUAGAGGUGGCAAGGAUGGGGCCCCCAAGGAAGCACAGCCUAAGACUCCUCAGUCUGCCCUUCACCGGCUGAAAACCACCGCUGCCGUUGCCACCGCCGCCGCUGAAGCCUAUGAGGCCAUGGCAUCUUCUGCUGCCCAGACAGCCAAAGUUGCUGCCAAGGUUGUCAAAGAUGCCCCAGCCACCAAAAUGGCCACCAUUGCAACAGACAUGGCUUCAGCUGGGCCCCUAGGGGUCUUUGCACAUGUCCUGGGUGCAGGGCCUGCCCGGGGAGCAACAGAAUCCCAAGACGUGGAUGAUGAUUCUGAAAUCCUCUCUCCCUCCUACUCUGCUGCCAGCAUCAGUCCCGAUAUAGCCCUGUCCCAGGGCAUGCUGGCUGCCAAGCAGGCCACGAGCCCUGAAGACAAGAAGAGGGUUGUCAGGUAUUCCAUGAGCCACAUAGCCCAGAUGCCCAUCAAACACGACUCCCUGAAAGAAGAAUUUGCCCAGCUGUCCUUUAACCUGAACCAGCACUUGACUCAUCUAGCCAGUAUGGGAGGCCCUUCCAGCCUUGGGGCAACAGUGGACAUAUUGCAGGAAAAGCUCGGCAGCCUCCAGAAGUGCAGGCUCAAGGAGGAAGAACUUGAGAGAAUUUGGGGCAAUCAAAUAGAGACAGUGAAGGAUCACUACAUCAUUUUGGACAAGGCGGUGGAGAAGCUGCAGAUUCGCAUGGAUGAGUUCAAGACUCUCCGGGCUCAAAUCAAAAGACUAGAAAUGAACAAGGUGAAUAAAAGCCCUAUGGAGGAGCUGCUGAGAGAGAAAGCUGACAGGAGCGCCCUGGCAGGCAAGGCAAGCCGAGCUGACCUGGAGACCGUGGCGCUGGAGCUGAACGAGAUGAUUCAAGACAUGCUCUUCAAGGUCACGACCCAUGAGGAUGACUGGAAGAAGGCUGUGGAGCAGCUCAGCAAGGACAUGAACACCAAGCUAGUCCACAGUGAUCUGGAUCCCUUGAAGAAAGAAAUGGAAGAGGUCUGGAAAAUAGUCUGGAAGCUGCUGACUGAGGGCUUACGAUUGGACCCUGACAGUGCUGCCGGCUUUAGGAAGAAGCUGUUCAAGUACGUCAAGUGCACAUCCUGUGACCAGCCCGUGCAGAUGAUGACUGGCCCGUUUCCACCACACCCAGCUGGCUCCCUGGGUCCCAGCCCGACCUCUCAACCUCCUGACAUCCCACAGCUCUGUGGCUUUUCCCGGCUUCCAUCACUGCUGUGGGACAUGUGACCAGGUCGGGGAAGAGCCGGCGAAUAGUCACCACAGCCAUGGGAAGAGGAGGGAGGUGGGGACGGGCCUGCACCCUCCUUUUCUGGCUCCUUGAGAUCAAGAGAUUAGAAAGGCAAGCUCUUCAGUCCAGGGGUCUAAAAGGAAAUGGCUGGGGUUGGGAAAAUGCAGGACUCACUUCAAUUCCUCUGCCCCACUGAGUGCAUCCGUAUCCACCUGCCAAGCCCCAGGCCUGCCUGGCUGCCACCUAAACGCAAGCUGAAAGAAAUGCCGGUCUUCCCUCAAUGCUGGCCAGGCCCUUGAGGUGCAUCCUGGGGAGCUCUGGGGUGCAGGGUGUCCAGGUGGCUGCUGACCCACCGCCCUGCCCCAGGGAACAGCAGCAGCUGCAGUUCCAGGACCUCAGCAUCCAGGAGGAUUUUCAGCAGGACUGAGGUGAUGGCCCCCAAAAUGACACCAGCUUCAAGUGCAAGUCCUGCAACCUAUCAACACUUUAUCCCUACGGGGAUCCCCACAUGAUCGACUAUGACAGCGUGAGUCUGGCCGGGGCCUCCUUCCCAGAGGGUGGACGUCAGUGCACCCCAGCCCCAGGUGUGGGACCAGGCCCUUGGCGGUGGGCAACCCCAGUGGAGGCUGUGCUCUGUCUUCUGGGCCUCUGCAUGCACUAAAGUUGGGGGGCAGACCGGAUGGGAGCUCCCCGACCUUUGAUCUGGGGCAUCCAACAGGUCGAAGUGGACAUCCUCGGUGUGGAUGGGAUCCUGUACAAAGGCCGCAUGAAUAGCCAGAGGGGGCUCCGGCCUCAGCCAUCGCAAAGGAGCUGGCAGCUGUGAAGGCUCCGUGUCCCCCAUCACAAAGCCUGAAUGACCGUGUGCAUUCCAGCUCUGUAUUUGGUGCCGUCUGCCCCCUCCUGCGCCCCGGCACCAGUGCCCGCUCAUCUGCCUCAGGCCCUCACCCGACGAUGCCAGCUCGGCCACCUUCCCUGCCACCUCUGCCACUGCUGCCACCACUGAUUCCACCCCUGAGGGACCCCCAGCAGGCCCCAGGGCCCACCAGACUCUCAAGAGCUCCACGUAUUGAGUCCUGAGUCAGCAGGAAGCCCCCUGAGGAGCCCGCCAACCUAUGAACCGCCUUUUUAAUUAGGUUUCUGAGUCGACGUUCGACUUAUUGAUUCCCAGUGCUGGGAUCCGAGCAACCCACUGUGGCAGCCUAAAUAGCAGCGAUAAGACUGAUGGUGCUCUUCUGCCCGGGAAUCUCUGGUCUGGCUUCCCUCUUGAGUCCGCAACAAGCGGCUCUGACUUCCUGGAGCUCCAAACUCCGGUCAGUAGGGGAAGCAGUCCCGUUGGCUCUGCGUGAAGAGCUGCUGCGCCGAGACACCGGCAAAACCGCUGCGGCGGCCACAAGAGUCUCGCUGGCGACCCGUGGGGCUCCUCCACUGGGAAUCGGCUAAUCGGACUGUGAACUCAUUGACACUAAGGGAUAAACCACGGAGGCCGGCACACAUGUGUUCCAGCAAGAUGGUUGGCCAUGGAAAAGGCACUGCGAGUACCCGAAGUUGGACCACCCCGGGUGGAAGUGCAGGCACCAGACGGAAGGGCCUUGUGUGCAGCCCUUCUUAGGGACGCUGGAAUCAACACGUGCUGCCCCCCAGCUCCUCGUACCCACCGUCCUGGCUGGCUUGACCUCUGACUCUCCAUGGAUGGGGGAGCUCUAGGCAGAGACCUCUCUCGAUUUGCUGCGCUGGGAUGUGGGCAAAACGACUCCAUCCGGAUCGCGGCUUUGCGAUUCCCCAGGAGGUGAGAGAUGCCCCCAAGAAGCAGAGCAGAAUUUUGCCAGCAGGCUCCCCAGUGCUGGUGCUGUGCCAUUGACAAGUCCUUGGUCAUCCUGGAAGGGGCCCCCCAACUCCUGCCUUCCCCAGAAGAACUUGGCAGCCCUUCACCUCAAAAACAGCUGUGUUCUUUUAAGGCUCUGUUGAAAUACAUCCGUUGCCCAAAUAUGAGCAGUGGCUCAAAGACCCAGAGAACCUUCCAAACACAGGAAUUAGAAGUAGCCUUGUGUGAAAAGAUCUCCAUUCUGGCCAGCCUAGGAGGUCUCCCCCACCUGGGGAGGAAGACGGGAGUCAAAGGACUCGUCUGUCCUGUGCUGAGGACUGCUGUGAAAGUCCCUCAGAGACCUCCAGGGCCACAGCAGCCCCACCCACCCCCGCAGUCAGCCUCGGAGACAGCCUGGUUCCCUGUGGCUGCCCGCAGGGUGUUCUCAGAGAACCCUGGCUGGACCACUGCAAAGACCCUGGGGACACUCAGCAGCCCCCGGUGAGUACCCCUCGUCUGAGAGCAUCUCACAGAACAAACCGUCUCUUUUCACAGCCCUUUCCAGAGGGAGCCCUCCCUGCCACCAUUCCUCCCAUCCCACUGGGCAGGGCAUUUACUUCUGAAACUCCUCAUGGUGAAAAAACAGACCCCCUUCAGGGAUUCCAGCCAAUUCCCUCGCAGGAGUUGGACUUACAUGUGUCCAUGGUGGCUGGCAGUGUGGAGCAGGCUGGCAGGGCAGGCCAGGCCGUGUAUCUAGUGCCAUGGUCAAUUUCAGCCCGUUAUGGUCUUAAGGGAAUUUGCACCAAAUCUUCCAGUUUCCAAGAUAAGUCAGAAGUGAGGCUUUUCCCAUAAGCCCUCCUGCUUUUGUUUUUCAUUUGUUCGCUCUUGUUGCCGAGGCUAUCUUAUGGCACUAUCUUUGCUCACUGCAACCUCUGCCUUCCAGAUUCAAGUGAUUUUGCUGCCUCAGCCUCCCUAGGAGCUGGGAUUACAGGUGCCCAGCAAGCACCAUGCCAGGCUAAUUUUUUGUAUUUAGUAGAGAUGGGGUUUCACCAUGUUGGUCGGGCUGGUCUUCAACUCCUGACCUCAGGUGAUCCACCCGUCUCAGCCUCCCACAGGGCUGGGAUCACAGGUGUGAGCCACCAUGCCUGGCCUAACCCUCCAGAUUUUAAAAUGUUGGCAAAUAUGUUUUUAAAAAGUAAAACAUGGGCCAGGUCCAGUGGCUCAUACCUGUAAUCCCAACCCUUUGGGAAGCCAAGAUGGGUGAAUCACUUGAGCCCAGGAGUCUGAGACCAGCCUGGGCAACGUGGUGAGACCCCGUCUCUACAAAAACAAAAACAAGUAAAAUACAGCACGCCAGCCAAACAGCACACAUUGGGGACUGUGAGUUUGCACACCCGUAAGACAAUGUGUCCUUCCCGUUACAGACUGGAAGGUGCGCCUGCUGUUUGUCACCUGGUGAGGCCGGGCCUUCAUUCCCCGGUGCUGCCAGGGACGUGUUUGGGAAUCAAGACACGUCAAGCACUUGCUUUUGAGCCACCUCAGAGAUGUGUGCAAAUGAUGUUUUUUUGUUUUGUUUUGUUUUUGAGACAGAAUUUCAUUCUUGUUGUCCAGGCUGGAGUGCAGUGGCAUGAUCUCAGCUCACCACAACUUCUUCCACCCGGAUUCAAGCGAUUCUCCUGCCUUAGCCUCCCGAGUAGCUGGGAUCACAGGCACGCCCCACCACACCCGACUAACUGUACUUUUAGUAGAGAUGGGGUUUCUUCAUGUUGGUCAGGCUGGUCUCAAAUUCCCAGCCUCAGGUGAUCCACCACCGUGGCCUCCCAAAGUGCUGGGAUUACAGCCAUGAGCCACCCCACCCCGGCUGCAAAUGGUGUUUCUUAGAGUGAAAUUUUGGUCAGUAAUGAGAUCUUUAGUUAAAAAUGGCAAAAAAAAAAAAAGAGUGAAAUUUUGGUAAUAAUCAAAAGUCAUUUGGAGCUCAAGUCUGCUGGGCAAGGAGGGUCGUGACCAAGCCCUGGAGAGGCUGGACUGUCAAGGAGCAUGGCGGGUUUUCCUGUGUCACUUAGGCAGCUUCCAGGCUGUGGCGAAGAUGAAGGCCUGUAAACAUGAGUCUGCUGUGCUAGUUCAGCCAGCGUACACUUUAACACAUACUAGGUUGUCACUGGCUCCAUUACUUUUGAGAUGGAGUCUCAUUCUGUCACCCAGGCUACAGUGCAGUGGGACCAUCUCAGCUCACUGUGACCUCCUGCCUCAGCCUCCCGAGUAGCUGGGAUUACAGGCACAUGCCGCUAUGCCUGGCUAAUUUUUGUGGCCAGGAGUUCAAGAUCAGCCCAGGCAACAUAGCAAGACCCCAUCUCUACAAAACAUUUUUUUUAAAAAUUAGCCAGGUGGGGUGGUGUGUGCCUAUAUGUAGUCCCAGCUACUUGGGAGGCUGAGGUGGGAGGAUCACCUGAGCCCGGGAUUUCAAGGCUAUAGCGAGCUAUGAUUGCAUGCCUGAAUACAGCAAGACCCUGUCUCUAAAAAGCAAAGCAGUCAGAUUUGGGGACCCGCCUCCAGAAGAACUGCCUCAAGGGAGAGGCCAGGAACGUGGGCGUUCAACAAGCACCCAGGGGGAUCGUCUGCAGGUGCCCACUCAUCAUGUCGGGGGCAUGGCUAGACGGGCACAUCAGAAACCUGGGAGCUGUUUUAUUUUCAGUAAGAGCUUUGAGGUAUAAUUGACACACCAGAACGUUCACCUUUCUGAAGCAUGCCAUUGAGUGCUUUUUGGUGCAGUCACAGAUCAGUCACCAUCAUCUACCCGGGGAGCUUCCAUGAUCAUACGUCAGGCCCUUGCCCCUGAGUCUGAUGCCAUGAGGCCCAGGAACCUGUGGUUUGCUGGUUUUAUUUUACCUGCUGUGCAGCCAGGUAUGAGAACCACAGAACUAGCACAGAGGCACUCCACUGGGGCCAUGGUGACCUCUAGGGGACAUUAGCACUGCAAAUACUUCUGAUUGUCCCAGUAAGGGGGCUGCCCCUGGAUGCAGUGGGGAGCGCUCAGGGAUACUGCUCAGCACCACUGAAGGGACAAUGACAGCCCUCCAUGUCAACAGUGACCAUGCUUAAAAAGCCAGCCCUGCAGGAACCUCAAGUCUCUUCCACCCUUAAUGUGACCACUUGAGAGCCCCAAGCCCAGUCCACAGUGGCCCCCAGAAACAGAAAUGGGGAUAGUGGGACAGUGUCCCUGGUGUUUAGUGACGAUGUUGUAUAGGGACACUUUAUAAAUUUUGAUGUCUAUUUGGAACCAGGGUCUUCUGUUGGAAUCAGAUUCUGAUUCAGGGAGUCUGGGUUGCAGCCUGACUCUAAUAAGCUCCUGGGUGAUGCUGGGGUCGAGACCGUGCCUUGAAUAGUGAGGGUGUGGUCCACUGCAGGCCGCCCCAGGGCUCACGGUUUAAUAAAAUGGCACUCCCCGCUGGGUGCAGUGGCUCACGCCUGCAAUCUCAGCUUUGGGAGGCUGAGGCAGGUGGAUCACCUGAGUUUAAGAGUUCGAGACCAGCCCGGUCAACAUGGUGAAACCCCAUCUCUGCUAAAAUACAGAAGUUAGGCCAGGUGCAGUGGCUCACGCCUAUAAACCCAGCACUUUUGGAGGCCAAGAUGGGAGUAUCACAAGGUCAAGAGAUUGAGACCAUCCUGGCCAACAUGGUAAAACCCCGUCUCUACUGAAAAUACAAAAAAUUAGCUGGCCAUGGUGGUGCACGCCUGUAAUCCCAGCUACUCAGGAGACUGAGGCAGGAGAAUCACUUAAACCUAGGAGUUGGAGGUUGCACUGAGCUGAGAUCACACCACUGCACUCCAGCCUGGGCAACAGAGUGAGACUCCAUUUAAAAAAAAAAAAUUAGCCAGGCAUGGUAGAGGGCGCCUGUAGUCCCACCUGCCUAGGAGGCUGAGGCAGAGCUGCUUGAACCUGGGGGACAGAGGCUGCAGUGAGCUGAGAUCAUGCCACUUCACUUCAACCUGGGCGAUCGAGAAAGCCUCCAUCUCAAAAAACAAAAACAGCACUCCCGAGCCUCCCACUGUGCAGUCCUGGACUUGACUGCCUCAUGUGUGGCGGACACGUGCAGCUUAGCAUGUGACAGGUGGGAGAGUCAAAGGGCACUCCACCCCACACUGCAGAUUACCCCAAAACAUUUCUCUGCAAAACAUUUUUUCACCACUGGAAGGCGAUUUCCUGAUAAUUUUUUUUCCAUCUCAAAGAAUGGAGGAACUGCAAAAUGAAGACUCAGGAGACCAGAGAUGUCUUCCCUCUCCUGCUGCUGUGUUCUCUCCCUCCCCUGCUACCCAGGCACCCCAGGCGGAUGCAGGAGGCUGGCUGGCCAGGGCCCCCCAUCCUGUAGGCUCCAAGAGGCCAUUACAAAGGCGGGUUCCCAGGUGGACCCAUUCCUGGGAAGCAAGCAUGGCUCCAGUGGGGGUCGCAGCAGUCAGUCGCCAGUGCCAAGCAGCCAGUGAACGGCCGCCACAGGCAGGCUCUGUCAGCACAGCCUCUGCAGGUUCCAACUGGGUGGAGAUGAAGCCAGGCACUGGUGUGGCAAGAGCACCAAGGCAUGCUUCCUGAGAGGCACAGCCACAUCCCUGGGAGCCAGGAAGGGUCAAUGGGGAGCAUCAGAUGCCAGGCGAGCACAUGAUCUUCAGAAAGAUGCUCUCCCACUCAGGUGGCAGGGCUCCCUCCACCAGGGGCUGGUGCUUAGAUGGGAGCGAGCGUUGCCCGUGAGCAGCUGUGAGCUGAGCCCCAUGGAGGUGUUGCAGAGGUUCCAGUCUCCCUUCUGCCCCAAGUCCAGGCCCACUCUUGGGGGUGUGUGAGGCUGAGGGUACAUUCUCCUAAGGCUGCUCUAGCUCAUCCCAGGCAGCCUCGGGUUGCCUAUCUCCUAAGUGACCCAACAUCUGUGCCCCCUUUGCCAGCAGCACUCUGCCAUGUCCUUGUCUCCUGCCCUGUUCUCUGGCCCUUGUGAGCUUCCCUGGCUCUGUCUGCUCAGAGGCCCUGCCCUGCCCUACCCAGUGUCUGCUGGAGGCCUGGCUCAGAGGGUCCAGCCCGUGCCCAGCCACUGGAGCCACAACCAAGAAAGGUUGAGAUGAAACCCAGGACAGAAGGCAGGUGUGAGCCCUAUGUGCUCCUAACCAGGUGCAA